CCCUGCCAUGGCGGCGCCUUGCCGGCGGUGUAUCAGCGGGUUGUUGUCAGUGCUGAGGUCCCGUCCUGUGUACCGGCCUUUGCAAAACGGGGUCCCAAGGGAUGUGUUGCUCUUCCAGCACGAACGGGGCCGCUUCUUUGUCAUCCUUGGACUGUUUUGCGCGGGUCAGGGCAUCUUCUGGACCUCCCUCGCUGUUGCAGCCUUGUCCAGACCUCUGAUCCGAGUUCCAGCGGAGGCUCCCAACCGGGGACACACGGACCUGCGCUCUGUACUCUGGCGCUACGGGCUAGCUCUUGGUUGCGGCACAGUGGGAGCCUUGGUCCUUGGUGCUGGUCUUCUCUACUCUCUCAGAUCUGUGCGUUCAGUCAUGCUCCUUGCAGGAGGGAAACAAGUGACACUUACCACUUAUGCCCCCUUUGGCUUGGGGACCCGUUUCACAGUUCCCUUGAACCAGGUUUCCUGCAUGGCCCACAGAGGUGAAGUUCCUGCAAUGUUGCCUCUGAAGGUCAAAGGCCGGCGCUUUUACUUCCUUUUGGACAAAGCUGGACACUUCCCCAACACUCAACUCUUUGAUAACACUGUGGGUGCCUACCGGAGCCUGUGAAAAAUGGCCCCUCUCAGAUGAUGUAAACCCAUAAGAAGACUGCUAUAGGGCAAUGAAAAAGGUGCCCAGAGUUCACUAACAGCCAAUAAAUCUGUCUUACAAAGGGCCUGAUGCAUGCCUACUUAAAA